AUGAACGCUUAAAAUGAACAGGCUAGUGACGGAGGAGGGGAAGAAAGGGGAUUGUAGAUGAAGUGCAUAACUGGUCUCUAGUUGAGAACAAUGUCUGCUGAAUCGCCAAGUUCUGUUCGUAAAGUGGUUGUUCAUCUCAGAGCCACUGGCGAUGCUCCUAUUCUCAAGCAAUCCAAAUUCAAGAUAGCAGGAACUGAUAAAUUUGCUAAAGUAAUUGACUUUCUUCGCCGGCAGCUCCACAGGGAGACACUGUUUGUAUAUGUCAAUAGUGCCUUUUCACCGAACCCUGAUGAAUUGGUCAUUGAUUUGUAUAAUAAUUUUGGUUUUGAUGGCAAACUGGUGGUCAACUACGCGUGUUCCAUGGCAUGGGGCUAAUCCUGAAUGAUGGAUGCUGGUUACCAAAGCUCCAUAUUGUGAAUACAUACUGUUUCCCUUAAUUGUUGGGCGGUUGCACAUUUAAUCACAGGACACAAUUUUUCUUUUUAACUCGGAGAUUCUCACAGGAUGGAAGUGCACGAAACCAAAACAGUACUCUUCACAGUUUUCUGGGUUUACUUAAUGUUUUUUUUGGGGGAAUGUUUUGACAUUUUAAGAAAAUUUGAGUCACCCCUUUUAGGCUUGUUCAUGUCGUGAUAUUUAUGGAUGAUUAUGGUUUUGAGACUUAUAAUGCUUGUUGAAGUGGUGUUCCUUCAGUUGUUCAUUCUGUAAUAUGCUGAUAUAUGUUUCUUCAGCCAUAAUUCUUUUUAAUCUUGUACAUCUUUAUAGUAAGUAUUUGGCAGCUUGCCUUAU